UUAUAUCCACCGCUUCGAGGGGGGUUCGAACGCCUGCGAGGACAUCGGAUAAGCGGCCUGCAGAUGCGCAGGAGUCGUCCGUCUGACGGCCAGAAGACAGAUAACUAGCUAGUUUAUUACUGCGCGUGUCUGCCUCACGGCGACGGCGAUGUCAACGAGCAGCCAGCAAGCGAAGUCGACCGCCAGGCAGCGAUAACGAUGUCCCAACCGCAGCCGCCGUCGCAACCACGCACCAGAAAGGUGACCACUCGCUCGCGAAACGGAUGCUGGACCUGUCGAGCGCGGCGCAAGAAGUGCGAUGAGAAGCGGCCGUUCUGCACUCCCUGCGAGCGCAAGUCGUUGCAGUGUAGCGGAUACGGGCCGCGCCUGAAAUGGGGGAACGGGGUCGCCUCGCGGGGAUACCUGAUGGGCUCUGCCAUUCCCGUGCAUCCCAAGGACGUGCCGGCAGCGACGGCCUCGUCGUCGUCGUCGUUGGCUUCGUCUGCGCUGCUGGCUCAGGGGAACCAGGCGGCGGCCGCAGGGAGCGCAGGCGGCGGGAGGCAGAAGAGCCCCAGGGGCAGCCCGACGGCCAAUAUAGGCUCGCUCUCGGAGUGCAUGGGAGUGCUGAACUUCUCAGCGCCGCCGACGCAGACAAAGACACAGACGAAGACGCAGACGAAGGCGAAGGCGAAGACAAAGUCCGUCUCGAACGCUUCUCUCUCGCCGGAGAUCAGGCCAGGGAAGACGCCGACUCCUGUUGCCCCUACGGCGGCUGCUGGCGUCUCUUCGUCUCCUGUUGAGAGCUCCCCUUCUGUGGCUACGACGUCGACCUCGCUGGUGACAGCCCUGCCAUUGAGUCCCUUUGACGAAGAGGUAUUCGAAGAAUUCAAAGAAUGGGGAUUGCAGUAUCUGGCUGAGGCCGGACAGUCCCUCCUGGGCGAUAUUCUUGCAUUCUGCACCGAGUCCAGGUCGUUGGUGGCCAACUGUAUCAUGUUUCAAUUGACCCUGCACCCGGAGCAUGAGGACAAGUUCGAGGAAUACUAUGCAAGGUGCCUCAGGCUCUUCCGCGAGGACGUCUGUGAUACCAAGUCGGCCAUGAAAGAUGCUACCCUCAUUGCUGGCAUAUUACUCUGCUCUACGGGGAUGAACCGAUGCAUGAAAUGGACCGUCCAUCUCAAUGGCCUUUACUCCAUAAUCCAAUGCAGAAACACAGUAUCUGCUCCUACUCCCAUCAGCUCCGAGAUUCUGGACAGCAUCGGCUUCUUCGACCUGCCUACCCAUGUCCUGGGUCGAGCAACCAAACCGCUGCAUAUCUGGCGUGACUACUGCCGCGGUAAAAGCGGGAUAGAACCCAAUAGCAACAUUCCCUUCAGUCUGAUAGACCUUCUUUCCAUGGUCGGCCAGCCAGGAGUCGAGAUGCAGCUCUGGACGUGGCAGUGGGACAACAGCAGUAGCAGCAGCAGCAGCAGCAGCAGUAGCCCCGGUAGAAACGCCCAUCCGCCCAGCCUAUUGACUCGUCUGGCAUGGGAUGCCACUCGUCUGGCAGGGAUCAUCUCCUCGAGAGAAUACAAGUUACUCAACUACGCCCAGACCACAGACCUAUCCCCUUCAAACCCAUAUCAACCCACCCAGAGUGACGAUGGCUGUCCAGCUACCCCGUUCCUGGUUGAAGGCAUACUUUCUAACCUUACUACCAUCCUCACCACCGAGUCACAGCACCAACAUCACCAACAUCAACCUCCGCAGGAGGUGUGCGAGGUUCUAAAUCUUUUACUCUACCCUGCCUUUGUUGCCGGAAGCCAACAUACAUUGCUCACACCUCUGCAUAAACAGCGAAUUGAGGCAUUCUGGCAGGAAUUAUUUCCCGACAUGGGGGCUGACGGGCCUGGGAUGCCGCAUCUUCAGGUUCCCUUGGACAUUCUGCGCGAUCUAUGGAGAGAUGCUAGAAGAAGGACGGUGGAUAUGAUUGCUAAAGAACGUGGAGUAGAAAUAGGACUGUUCUGA